UUUUUUAUUUCUGAACUGUUGUUAUUUUCGGCGGUGGAGGACAUGAUGCAGGUGCGGAGUGCGGGUGUCUGAGAUGAGCCGCUCGGCGCUGACGCGGUUCUGCGUGCCGUGCCAGCCCCGCAUUGUCAGUCAGAUGCCAUUUUCCUCUGCCUGCGGAAUUCCAGCGUCCUGGGCCUGCCCGCCCGCCCGUGCGAUCAAAAGUUGGUGAGACUGUGAGCGAUGACCGGCAGUCGGAGCUGAAGCUUUAUGGGGAAGAAGAAGUGCGCUGCGGCUCGAUCGGCUUCACAUCUGGAGCGGCUGCAGCCGCCCGCGGCCUGCUCGGACCCGAGACUCGGAGGCGACCGACGGAGCCUCAUGUAAAAGAGAAGCGGAGAAGGAGGAGGGUCGAACAUUUCGCCGGGACUUAUUUUUGGUGAUCCACUGCCUGUUUGCUCCAAAGGAGGAGGAGGAGGAGGAGUGGAGGCGGAGGAGAGGGGGGUUUAUGGAUUUUGCGUAGCGAAGUCACGCAUCCGUUAAAGGCAACGCCAGGGUGACAUUGCAAUCUUGGCUUAUUUCGUCGCUGGACCUUAAAUCUACCGAGGAGUGAAAGUGGAGUAUUGUCCGUCAUACGUGUCAGCGCAGUGGGAUUUCUCCGUGUGGUCGGCGUUCCCCCCCACCCUUCCCGCGGUGACGGUUAUGGGUCGGAAGCGGUGUGUCGGUGCAGAUUGUUCCAAGAUGGCGGCCGGGUGCUGCGGGGUGAAGAAGCAGAAGCUGUCGGGAUCUCCCGGGUCGGGGGGUCCCGGCGGGGUGGGGGCGGCAGGAACCGGACAUUGUGGAUCGGAUUUGGGGAUCGGCUCCUCCGCGAGCGUUGCAGCGGCGGCGAACGCGAGCAGAGUCAACGGCCUGGGGGGACCCGGGGUUAAUGUUAGCGGCGGCACCAACGCGCUGUCCCCGGCCGCGGCUGGGUACAACUCAUCCGGCCUCUCCCCGAACCUCAGCCCGGGACCCGGCUCGGGAAGCGGAGGCAGAAAAAUGGUGGUGUCGGCGGAGAUGUGCUGCUUCUGUUUUGACGUGCUUUAUUGCCAUCUGUACGGAUACCAACCUCCGAGAACACCCAGGUUUACAAACGAUCCCUACCCGCUAUUUGUUACGUGGAAAAUAGGCAGAGACAAGCGGUUGAGGGGUUGUAUAGGUACAUUUUCUGCCAUGAAUCUGCACUCAGGACUCAGGGAGUACACCCUUACCAGUGCCCUUAAAGACAGCCGCUUCCCACCUAUGACAAGGGAUGAGCUGCCUCGCCUCUUCUGCUCAGUGUCUCUUCUCACCAACUUUGAAGACGUCGGGGAUUACCUUGACUGGGAGGUGGGUGUUCACGGUAUUAGGAUAGAAUUUUUCAAUGAAAAAGGAUCAAAGCGCACCGCCACCUAUCUACCAGAGGUUGCAAAGGAGCAAGGUUGGGACCACAUUCAAACCAUAGAUUCCUUACUGCGAAAGGGAGGUUACAAAGCUCCCAUCACAAAUGACUUCAGGAAGACCAUUAAGUUAACCAGGUACCGUAGCGAGAAGAUGACAAUGGGUUAUGCAGAGUACAUUGCCCACCGCCAGCACCAUCACUACCAGAAUGGCAUUGGGCACCCUCUACCACCCUAUAACCAUUAUUCCUGACAGCGAGCCGCAUGACCAAUCACUGGACCUCUCUGCCGACCUUUUCCCGGGAGAGCCCGCCCCCUCCUGGUCUAGCUAUUUCUACUACUGUACCAUUUUAUGAUGAUAGUUUCCGUUGCCAUGCUGGCCGUCUCUCAGACGUUGACAUGGCAACGGGUGGCAACGAAGCAUCAUUUAGUUAAGGCAAGAAAUCCACCUUUUUUUUUUUUAAAUUUGCCUGUGGUUAAGUUUUUGCAGCAUAUGUACUCGUUUAUCUAUAAUCCCCCCGUCAUUCAUACUUUUGAAAAUUGAAAAAAUAUUAAUAAAGAUUUUAUUCUUUUUUUUUUUUUUUUUUUUUUUUUUAAGCAAAUGAGGUAUUCUGUGGAUGGAAGGACAUCUUUCACAGUGGAUUCGACUUGCACUUAUAUUGUUUUGGCUUUGCGACACCUUUAACGCGUAACGACUAACAUUUUUCCAUUUUUUUUCUUUGCUUGUCACCCGAAUGUUAUGUAGCAAAGCAGCUGCAGUUCUCAAAGGCUGUGUUGUCUCCAUUUAAUGAUUCCUCUCAAAAAAAAGAAAAAAAAAUUAAAAUGGGAGUAGGAGAAGCAGGACUCUUGAAGUCGUUUUAACCGUGUAAACUCUCUUCCUGUUGUAGUUGGAAUUCUAUAUUGAGAGUUAUAUACCCGAAGUGUUGAUUGUGAGGUCAGGACGCCACUUGAAGAUGUUUAUCGUUCGCGCUCACAAUUGUGUUUGGGGUUUUUGUGUGUGUGUGUGUGGGUGUGCGCGCGUGGGUGGAGAUGCUAACCUGCAAGAAAUUGUCUUUCCAUUCAAUAUUCCCAACAAGUUAAAAUACAUAAAAUCCCCCUGUGUAGGCGGAGCCUGUAAAAAG